GAUCUCUAUAAGUACGGCCGGCUCGCGGCGAUCCUCGACACAGAAAUAGUGGCGCGAUUUGAGAGUUGCUCGUAGAAACCAACGUAUCGGAAUCGUCAUGUACGCAUACAUUCUCCUGGUUGCUGUGAUCGGGUCGGCUAGCGCAGCUCCGACGUUGUCGUCAUCGAACGUCAAAUUGGACACGGACCCGAAGCCGCUGGACCUGGUCGCACCUCCUCCGCUGCUUAAGACGGAGCCGAAUCCCGCAGCAGCCCCGUUACUCUCCGAGGCGUCGUCCUCCGCGUCCGUAGUCGCAGCCGCGCCUGCCGGCGGAGCUGCUCUGGGCGCUGCUCCAGCCCUUCUAGGUGAUGCUCCACUAGCCACCAACCUUAAGGCUGGAGUCCCGUCUCCGAAGUCGCUUUCCCUCAUCUCCGAGCUCAGGAGCCCGCUGAUCGCACCUGUGAUCACGCCGCUUCUCUCGACUCGCCAGAUUACGCCGUACAUCUAUAACGCCCCGGCGAUCGCGCCUCUGGAACUGACAGCGGCACCUUCCAGCUACUCCAUCGAACAACACGGCUAUCGCAUUAUCUACUGAAUCGGCGAAUCGCCAGCGAUCGGCAUUCCCGACCGCUCUUCGCGCGGUACCAACGCGCCCAGAAGCGCGCUGAACAGCUCCCAGAACGUGUAUCGGCUGCCAGACCCCGGCUUCUCCGCUCACCGGUGACCUUCUUGUACCUUGCAUCGAUAAAUUCGUCUCGGCGUCGCAACCCGACCAGCAAACUGAAAUACAUAUUCCUUCUGUAAAACGAGA